AAGGUUUCUUGAAUGCUUUUCUCACUGCAAUUUCAGGUAAUGUUCUACAAGAGAGUUUCAACAGUACGAAUAUCAAUCUCUUUUGAUCUUUGCCCACUUGGCUAUCUCUCUCCUUCUUGUUCUCGCUGCCCAAACUGCUUAUAUUCUGUUUUUGUGAAUGCAUGAUUCAGUUUAUACAUAGGCUUUUUGCUUUCUAUGCCUUUUUCCAGCCAUCAUUCUUCAGUUUGACCUCAAAGCAAGGAAAACGCGAAUGGUCGUCACAUGUUUGAUACAAUGUCUCACAGAAAAUACUACCACCGCUAUCUUCUAUGGCUACUCCACAAACACCAGCAUUGCCGUCGGGCGAUUCAGCAGAUCCAUUCUCAGUUCAUGGUGCUGAACAGCGAAUACAUUGGCAUACUUGCACUUUGGAACUCUAUACUUAAGCACUAUUCCCUAAGUGCAUACCCACAAGAAGCACUCUUUCUCUUCAAAUAUCUUAAAAACCAAUCAAAAUUCAUGUCCUUUGAUAGCUUCACGUACUCUUAUCUAAUAAAAGCCUGUGCAAAUAUGAACCAAGUUCACGUAGGAAAUCAGUUUCAUUGUUUAAGUACAAAAGCGGGGUUUGAUUAUCACGUUCACGUGCAAACUGCACUGGUCAAUAUGUAUAUAGACUGUGGGGGUUUGGUUGAGGCAAAAAAUGUGUUCGAUGAAAUGCCUGAAAAAAAUCUGGUGACCUGGAAUGUCUUUAUAACCGGGUUUAUGAAGUGGGGUGAGGUAGAAUUUGCAAGGGCUGUUUUUGAUGCAAUGCCGGAGAAGAAUGUGAUUUCGUGGACUGGACUCAUUGAUGGAUACACUCGUAUAAACCGGUUUCGUGAAGCAUUGUUGUUGUUCCAGAAAAUGGUCGUGCAUGAAGGGAUUAAACCGACAGAAGUGACUCUUCUGGCUAUUUUUCCUGCAAUUUGGAACAUUGGGUGCCUGGAGUUUUGCCAAAUGGUUCAUGCAUAUGGAGAAAAAAGUGGGUUUAAUACGUUAGAUAUUCGUGUUAUGAAUUGCCUUGUUGAUGCAUAUGCAAAAAGUGGGAGCAUAGAAAGUGCAUGGAGAGUUUUUGAGGACAUAAAUGAUGUAAGGAGGAACUUGGUUUCGUGGACGUCGAUCAUAUCUGCAUUUGCAAUGCAUGGAAUGGCUACAAAAGCUUCUGAUUGUUAUAGAAGAAUGGAAAAUGAAGGUGUGAUGCCAAAUUGGAUUACCUUUCUGAGUGUGCUAAAUGCUUGUAGCCAUGGUGGAUUGUUGGAUGAGGGACUUGAGUAUUAUAGAAAGAUGGUUGAUGAUUGGGGGAUUACACCAAAUAUUAAGCAUUAUGGAACUUUAAUAGAUAUGUUGGGAAGGGCAGGAAGAUUAGAAGAAGCGGAGAGGAUUGCUCUAGGCAUCCCUAGUGAAAUUGGUAAUGUUGUGAUCUGGAGGACGCUCCUGGGUGCUUGUAGUUUCCAUGGCAAUGUUGAGAUGGGGGAGAGAGUAACAAUAAAAAUUAUGGAGAUGGAGAGGGAAUAUGGUGGCGAUUAUGUGCUUCUAUCCAACAUUUUCUCUGCUGCAGGUAGAUUCCUAGAUUCUGAGAGAGUCAGGAGCGUAAUGGAUGAACAAAAUGCUCCAAAAGUUCCUGGGAUUACUUUGGUGUGACUGCAGAAAUAUGCUCUAAGCUUCAAGUUAUCAGUGUGUCCAAUAUGGGCUAACUUUCACAGUUCACAUUGGUGCUGCUAUCCUUUUGCUUCUGCCCAGAUGACUGGAAUAUAUCAUGGAGUUAAUUAUGUCAGAGGAAACUGCACCAGAGUGGCAACAGCGAUGAUUUUAUCUCUUCAUGAGAGUCUGAAGAACUGUCAAGAUGAACUCUCAAGAUACCAGGAAAAGCUUGAAGACGCAAAGGUCUGAGAUCAAAAGUGGCAUUCAUCUUUUCAGAACGAAUCUUGUCAUUCACCAGGAGCAACUUAUGCUACCUUCAAACUAUGAGGUCCUCUGAGGAGUCUCUGCGAGAUCAGGCUCUCGAACGGCCUAUGCCGACAGCAGGUGGCACCACCGUGGCUCAAACAUGUUGGAAAUCCACUUGACAGAUCAGAUUGCAUUAUAGGAAAUGAAGCAUAUUUUGUGAUGAAGGGCUUGGCUUUUGCUCCUGUGACGAGAACAACAAGGUCUUUGUGCUUUAAUCUUGAUGUGGAAUUUUUAUACCAAUUGACACAAUAUGGAUAUAAGUAUUAGUUGGGGUACUUGCUUAUGGCAUCAACAAUCAUGGGAUACUUCACAAUCUUCUAAUAAAUGCACUCUUUAUUAAUGAUUAAUUUUAGA